AUGGCGACUCCAGACUCUGAUAUGGAAUCCACAGAACGGUCGAAGAAAGAGGACCGCAAGAAGCGUAAGGAGGAGUCCAAGAAAGAUUCCAAGGGGUCCAAGAAGGAGCGGAAAGAAAAGAAAAAGAAAGACAAGAAGAAGAAGGAGUCCAAUAAACGGCAUCUCUCCGACACAAGCAAGGAGGAAGUGUUAGUGCCUGAUCCCACCCAACAGCAACCAACCAAAAAGAAGAAGAAACACAACAAUGACAAUGACAAUGACAAUAGCAGUAAACUACCGUUUGAUCAUGCGUAUAUUGUGGCACCGAUGGUCGGAGCCUCGGAAUUGCCAUUUCGGUUAUUGACGCGCAAGUACGGCGCUCUUUUGGCAUAUACGCCCAUGAUGAGUUCGGUGCGAUUUGUCCGUGAACCAUCUUAUCGCAAUGAAAUCUUUCAGACCAACCCACUGGAUCGACCAUUGGUGUGUCACUUCAGUGCCAAUUCGCCCACUGAUUUUGCCAAAGCCGUUCAAUUGGUGGCGGACCAAUGCGAUGCCAUUGAUCUCAAUUUGGGAUGUCCUCAACGGACUGCCUUUGUCGGCCAUUUUGGCAGUUACUUGUUGGAUCCCGGUCCCGAUCGACAAUUGAUUUGUGAUAUUGUGCGUGCGGGCGUUGAAGCAGUGUCGCCUCCGAAACCCAUUUUGGUCAAAAUUCGACUCUUGGAGACAUUGGACGAAACCAUUCAACUCUGUCGUCAAUUAAAAGAUGCCGGUGCCAGUCUCAUUGCCAUUCAUGCCCGAAAGCGGGCCGGUUGGGAACGCAAGGGACCCGGGGCACGCGAUGGACCUGCCAAAUUGGAGUUUGUCACGCAGAUCAAACAAGCCGUGCCCAAUAUUCCCAUUAUUGCCAAUGGAAACGUCAUUUCCUAUCAAGAUGUACUCGACAACCAAACACUCACAAACGCCGAUGGAAUUAUGAGUGCCGAAGGAAUUCUCGAUAAUCCAGCACUGUUUCUGCCACGGUUGGGAAACAAUGAAACUACGAUACAACAAACAGUCACCAUUGUCGAUCCACUUUUACAUUGUUGUUUCAAGGACGAUGCUACUAUCCCACCAUUGGAUGAAUCCAAUAACAC